AUGGCUUCUUCUAUGAUCCCCAUUCGCGCCGUCGCAAUCCAAGCCUGUGCUGGUUCCGGCAACCGCAUACCAGAUCCCGAUCUCCGGAAAAACUCUUCCUCCACCAACUGGUGGACCCCGCUGUUCGGGUGGUCAUCAGAGCCGGACUAUAUAAACUCCGACAACAAAGCACCAAACCCGCAGUCGGAAUCAGAUCCGACGUUGAAACCGGCGAAGCUUCGCUUCACCGGUGGUCUCACGGAGGAGAAGGCGAAACAGCUUCGAAUGAUGACCACCGACUCGUUUCAUGAUACCAUGUAUCACUCUGCCAUCGCUUCCCGACUCGCUUCCGACUUCAAGGCCCGCUCCGAUGAGUAA